AUGAUGUUUCAAUUAUUCAUCAGUUGCGAUCGAGUCGUGGCUGCGUUCUUUCCAAUUGAGUACCGAAUUUAUCACUCCCGGGUUCCCGUCUGGCCAUUCUUUAUAUUUUCUCUUGCAUCUGGGCUAUUCCAGGAUUUUGUUUUCUUCUACUGCUGUGAUUUUGUGAUUUAUGUUCCAAAGAACUGUUUGGCUCUGGGAUGUGUCAUGAAUGUCUGUUUCAAAACUUUUUGGUCAACUUAUCAGACGGUAAUUCUGUCAACCAUUGUUCUGUUAUCUUGUGCUUUCUGUAUCCGGUUGUUUCUUUGGAGUAAAUCUGCAAGUUCUUUGACUCAGGCGAACCGUUUGGCUAUACUCGACGCUGUUACCACCUUUUUAUUCCAAUUCAUUCCUCCAUUUUGUGUCAGUCUUUGGCCAGAUUUCGAAUUGUUUCAAUUUUCGUAUGCUGGGCCGUUCAAUUUAGUUGGCAAACUGUUCGGAAACACUAUUGAAUCUGUUCUUAUGUGGAGACUUCUGAGAAGGAAACAUGUGGAUCAGAAAGUGAUGGCAACGACGUUGGCAGUAAAGGGAUUCAGUCACGUCACUCAUUCUUCGGAACACAAUAGAUAA